CCCCCCCCACAGGCAUCAUCGUCAUGGCGCUGCUGGGCAUGUUCAACGUCCACCGGCACGGGGCCAUCAACUCGGCCGCCAUUCUGCUCUACGCCCUGACCUGCUGCAUCUCGGGCUACAUCUCCAGCAACUUCUACCGCAAGAUCGGGGGCGAGCGCUGGGUGUGGAACAUCGUCCUCACCACCAGCCUCUUCUCGGCCCCGUUCUUCCUGACCUGGAGCGUGAUCAACACGGUGCACUGGGCCAACGGCUCGACCCACGCCCUGCCGGUCACCACCAUCUUGCUGCUGCUCACCGUCUGGCUCCUGGUCGGCUUCCCGCUCACCGUCAUCGGCGGCAUCUUUGGCAAGAACAGCGCCCCCGGCUUCGACGCCCCGUGCCGCACCAAGAACAUCGCCCGGGAGAUCCCGCCGCAGCCCUGGUACAAGAGCGUGCUCGUCCACAUGACCAUCGGCGGAUUCCUGCCCUUCAGGUGGGUGGCUGGGCCUUCGGGAAGUCCUCUGGGCCGUGGCGCCCCCGGUGGCGGGAGGGCCGGACUGUAGUGAGGUGCGAUUCUCGGCCUGGGGCAACCCCUGGUGCUGUCACCGGCCUAGGUGCCUGGUGGCCCCAGGGCUAAGGGAGGGAGAGAGAGAGAGACAUGGGUUCAAAUCCUACCGGUGGGACGCAAAUACAUCUGGGGUUGGAAACUGGCCGCCCUCCUGGUGACCAUUGAAAACUGCCAUCCAUUGUGAUUUUAUUUUUUUAAAAAAACCCCUCCGUCAGGUUGGGUAAUGUGCUUUACGAAAGGAAAUCUGCCCUCUAUCUAUUAGAGCUUUGUUAAACAGGAGUAGGCCAUCUGUCCCCCUCGAGCCUGCCCUGCCAUUCAAUAAGAUCGUGGCUGAUCUUUCUGGUGGACUCAGCUUACCCCCACCCACGCACCAUAACCGUUAAUUCCUGUACUGCUCAAUAAUCUAUCCUUGCCUUAAAAACACUCAACGAGGCAGCCUCAACCAGGCAGGGAAUUCCACAGAUUCCCAACCCUCUGGGUGAAGAAGUUCCUCCUGAACGCAGCCCUAAACCUGCUUUCACGCCCCCCCCGCCCUUAUUUUGAGGCUAUGCCCCCUCGUUCUACAGUAGGAACAACCUCCCUGCUUCUCUCUUAUCUAGUCCCUUCAUCAUUUUAUAUCUUUCUAUAAGAUCUCCCCCAUUGUUCUUCUAAAUUCCAAUGAGCCUGGGUCUCCGCGUGAUUCCAGACCCCACAGCGAUACGGCCAACUGUUACCUCCACAACCUCCCGAAAGGGGUGAUCACUGAGGACAAUGAACGCUAGGCUUGGCAGGAAAACCCUCUAAUCCUUGUAAAGGUACAUAUUAUUUCUGGAAAUUAUCUGUAGGAAGUGCUGCUGAAGGUUUUGUGCUCGGAGACCCCAUGAGCAAUGACUUUUUCAGUUAGGAGCAUGAAUAUGGAGUCUUGGGAUUUUGAGGCCCCCCAACACACUCACUCUCUCUCUCUCUCUCUCUCGCACGCACACACACGGGUG